CACUGCGGUCGGCGCUCUGGGCGAGUUUGGCGGCGGCGGCGGCGUGAGGUAUCCGCGGCGCAGCGCAGCGGGCGCCCGGCGUUGAUGGCAGCCCCGGCCGGCCCUGCCGAGGCCGCCCGCGCCCCGCCGCGCUGCUAGAGGCGGCGCGUUCGCUUUCUCGCCCGCACGCCUUCGCCGGCUGCCGCCCCCGCCGCCGCCGACAUGUCGCUGGCCAUGGAAGAGGAGGAAUACGCCAGGCUGGUGAUGGAGUCGGAGCCCGAGUGGCUGCGGAGCGAGAUCAAGCGGCUCUUCCAGGAGCUGGGCGAGACCACCCGGGAGAAGAUCCAGGCGGCGGAGUAUGGGCUGGCCGUGCUGGAGGAGAAGCAGCAGCUGAAGCAGCAGUACGAAGAGCUGGAGCUGGAGUACGAGACCAUCCGCACCGAGAUGGAGCAGCUGAAGGAGGCUUUUGGGCAGGCCCAUACCAACCACAAGAAGGUAGCAGCAGAUGGAGAGAGCAGAGAGGAGACCUUGAUUCAGGAAUCGGCAACCAAGGAAGAAUACUACAUGAAGAAGGUUAUGGAGCUGCAGACAGAACUGAAGCAGCUCAGAAAUGUCCUUGCCAACACUCAGUCUGAAAAUGAACGCCUUAAUUCUGUUGCACAGGAACUGAAAGAGGUCAAUCAGAAUGUGGAGAUCCAACGGGCCCGUCUGCGAGAUGAUAUUAAGGAAUAUAAAUUCCGAGAAGCGCGUUUGCUGCAAGACUACACCGAGCUUGAAGAGGAAAACAUCUGUCUCCAGAAACAAGUGUCUGUCCUGAAACAAAACCAGGUGGAGUUUGAAGGCCUGAAACAUGAAAUCAAAAGGCUCGAAGAGGAAACAGAAUUUCUCAACAGCCAGCUAGAAGAUGCCAUACGGCUGAAGGAGAUCUCUGAACGCCAGCUCGAGGAGGCCUUGGAGACGUUGAAGACAGAGCGAGAGCAGAAGAACAACCUUCGUAAGGAGCUCUCCCACUACAUGAACAUCAACGACUCCAUGUACAACAGCCACCUGAACAUCUCUUUGGAUGGACUCAAGUUCAGCGAUGAAGCCACAGAGCCCAAUAAUGAUGAAAUCAUGAAUGGAUUUGAGCAAAACUGCCUCAGCAAACUCAGCAGUGGCAAGAACAACAGUACAUCAACGCCCAAGAAAAAUGAAAGCUUCCCUCCAGCCCCAAGUCUGGUUUCAGAUCUUCUGAGUGAACUAAACAUUUCCGAAAUCCAGAAGCUGAAACAACAGCUUGUACAGAUGGAAAGAGAAAAGAUGAACUUGUUAACAACACUACAAGAAUCUCAGAAGCAGCUGGAAAAUACACGGGGAGCCCUGUCAGAGCAGCAUGAGAAAGUGGGCAGGCUCACAGAAAACCUGAACGCAAUGAAGAAGCUCCAGGUCAGCAAAGAGCGUCAGUCUGCCCUCGACAAUGAGAAGGACCGAGACAGCCACGAAGAUGGAGACUACUAUGAAGUUGACAUCAAUGGGCCAGAGAUCCUGGAGUGCAAGUACAAGGUGGCUGUGGCAGAGAUUACUGACCUAAAAGAAGAGCUCAAAAAUGUUAAGGCCAAAUACAAAGAAUGUGAGUCUAAGUAUGAGGAAGAGAAGAGCAGAUAUGAGACUGAGAGCCAAGCUCUCACCGAGAAGAUCACCUCACUAGAAAAAUCCAGUAGGCACGAUCGAGAGCAGGUGUCCAGGCUGGAGAAGGAGCUGAAGAAAGUCAGUGAUGUUGCUGGAGAAACACAGGGCAGCCUUAGUGUGGCCCAAGAUGAACUGGUCACCUUCAGUGAAGAACUGGCCAAUUUAUACCACCAUGUCUGCAUGUGCAACAACGAAACUCCAAAUAGGGUGAUGCUGGAUUACUACAAGGAAGGUAAAGGUGGGCGCAGCAGUCCAGAGAGCAAGGGAAGAAGGUCUCCCAUUCUUCUUUCUAAAGGGCUGUUAACUAUAGAGCUAGGAAAGACAGAGAGUGUAAGUGGUGACAGCAGCCCGUCUCCAGUGUCGUCUCUGCCGUCUCCUGUGUCGGAUCCUCGGAAGGAACCAAUGAACAUCUACAACCUGAUCGCUAUCAUCCGGGAUCAGAUCAAACACCUGCAAGCUGCUGUUGACAGAACAACCGAGUUGUCCAGGCAGCGUGUUGCCACUCAAGAACUUGGGCCGGUGGUGGACAAAGAUAAGGAAGCUCUCAUGGAAGAAAUCCUGAAGUUGAAGUCUCUGCUGAGCACCAAGAGAGAACAGAUAGCGACUCUGAGAACAGUGCUGAAGGCCAACAAACAGACUGCAGAGGUAGCCCUUGCCAACUUAAAAAGCAAGUAUGAAAAUGAGAAAGCUAUGGUUACAGAGACCAUGAUGAAGCUGAGGAAUGAGCUAAAGGCUUUGAAAGAGGAUGCUGCUACCUUCUCUUCCCUGAGAGCAAUGUUUGCUACAAGAUGUGACGAGUAUGUCACACAGCUGGAUGAAAUGCAGCGGCAGCUCGCAGCGGCUGAGGAUGAGAAGAAGACUCUGAACUCCUUGCUUCGGAUGGCUAUCCAGCAGAAACUGGCUCUGACCCAACGCCUGGAGCACUUGGAGCUUGACCACGAGCAGUCCAAACGGGUGCGCACAAAAUCCGCUUCCAAAGCCAAGAGCGGUAACCCCAGUGUAAGUCACCUUCGGUCCUGUGGAGACAGGUCUGAGGGAUCUGUCCUUAACAACCAGGUUUUCUGUAGUGAGAAAUAUAAAAUCUAUUGUGACUAGGACAGGUGUGUAGGAAAAAAACAAAAGUCAUAUUAUGCAUCUUAUUUUAUGCUGUAACGGUCAGCGUCGAUCCCCACUAUCUAAUGUCGCGGUGAGUUGACUUGUACUAGUAUGUUGUUGCACCAGGUAAUACAAAUGGUAUUCUGGAGGUCUUAACUGUAACUAAUUGAUGAGUACGGGGAUGUUAUUAACAAGUUAAUAGUGGGAAGGCAUUCACCUUUCUACAAUUAACAUGUAUGGGUUUUGCUGUUCAUGGUAAGUGUUAAGAGUGCACCUGAUAGAGUGUAUCUGGUGCUACUAAUUGUAGUUCGUAUAGCACAAAUGUGAUCCUUUCCCCGGGGUUGCAGCAUACUUCAGUAAGAAACAGACAGAAAACCUUCCUUGUUAUUGUGGCUUCGGAAGUGGUGAAAAGCAAAUGCUAAAAUUGGAGGCAUGUCUUGAAAGUGCAGGGCAUUUUGAAACUGGAACCAAGCUUCAUUUGCCUACUGUGGCAGAUAUGAAGAACUUGCUGUCAGAUCACCACUGACCAAAGUCCUAAAGCUUUUACAGGCUAUAAAAGCUAGAAAAGAAACUUGGUAGGGUACGUUAUUUACACUCUGCUUCCCUCUCGUUAGAGGGUUAACCAGAAGAAACUUGCACAUUUAUAUUAAAAAUAUGCAAUAUUUACCCCAUCUGAUAUAAAAUUGUUAAGGAUUGGGAUCCUACCUGGUAGACAAUUCCACUUGAAGAAGUUAUGCUGUGGAAAAGUGUCACGUCCUGAAAGGAUCUUUGUGGUCUCGUGUCGCUCCUUGCAAGCGUAACACUUGGAAAAGAAUCUGUUUUCUGUGUUACUGUAGCCACACAGCAUAGAUGUGUAGAAUUAAUGUGACUAUGGUCUAGUUUUGUCAGGCACAGAGCGGUUUUUCUCAGCUGUCAGUAUUAAUCUAAGUAGGAGAGUGUUUCAGAGCUCUGAUCACUUUGUUUUAAACACACGAGAGAUGUCGCAUUCUGUAUGCAAGCACGUUUCACAGGGCUCUACAUUAUAGGCACAGGAAAUUGGACGAGAUCAUCCUGCUGAUAAUUAUUUAUGAAGUAGCUUAGGAUACUUACAAAUCUUUUCCAAAACAAAGAAACCUUUGUCUGCUAUUGAGCUUUUAAGGGGCCUUUUCAGCCACUUAGUUACAAUAUGUUUGCUGAUGUAAAAGUGUACUUCAUAAUCGGUGCCUAUGUGAGAGAAAAAGAUUGAACCUGUUGCUUCUAAAGUUGUGGAAGAAGCAGGACGAGGCACGCUUUUGUCUUUCAACCAAGGUUCAAAGUGCCUAGCCUCAAACUGUUUAUUUUAAUGUAAAGCCCUGUUCAUUUUGUACUCCUUCAAAUAAUUUUGUACGCCUCUAGUAUGACUAAAAGCAUUGUGGGACUGCACAGUUGCCUGUGUGCCAGUGACGUUUCAUGAAGCCAUUCUGACGUCCCUGCUGUGGUUCUGCCUCGUCUCACCACCCGUGUCCUGCAGCUGAGCGGCAGAUCGCUUUCUGCGCGGGCCAGGAGACAGCUCGGUGCUAAGCUAAGGCAAUAAGGAGCACAGCUUGCUUCCCCCCUCAGGGGGAAUCCACGUGGGCUUUUGGCUGCCCACCUAUUAAGAAGGGAGGAUGGGAAAGACUUCUAAAUUCACGCAGUGAGGCUUUAAACUGAUGGAAUUGUAGAAAGCUUGCCGCAAAGCUGGGAAACCUCCACAUGCCACAGUCCCGUGCCAGAAUUGCACUUACCAGUAUCGAGAGGAGGAAAUAAUGAACCCACCCCAACCCAAGCGAUUCAAGGCCAAUACGUUGGCAAACAUCACUGCUUGAGAAGCUUCAACAAAUAGCAACUCUGGCUUUAGAAACUAAGCCCUGUGCAUCUAUUAUUAGGGUGUUUCAAGAAAACACUGAAUUCUCCCACAGAUGAGCUUUAAUAUUGUUAGAUGGCAGGUUUGAUAGUUUAGAAGCAAGACAUCUUGUAACAAUUUUCAAUCCUGCUUGUCUCUUCUUUGCUGCACAAUCUCCCAAAAGGCCUUUAUUCUUCUCACUCCUGCAUUAAGUAUACUUUUGAAAUACUUUGUAAAAGCAGGCGUUUGAGUGCUAACUUUCUCUGCUCCGUUAGAAACAGCUGCAACUUUGCUUCCAGUGUGAGAGGGAGCUUUAACGCAGUUUUCACUGCUUCCAUGUCUCUAACGGCAGGAUUUUUUGCAAAAUACUAAUGGCAAAAAGGUAAAUUGGAGAAACCAAUUGAACACAUUGUCAGCUUUUCUCAAAUGAACUGCAACUUUCUGUAAAGAUUUUCAGUGUAACCAGACAGUGACUGUUACUGUCAAGUCUCAGCUCACGCUUUCAGUUCCGAGUAUGAACAGUUUUAUUUUGCCCUUGGCCUAAUAGUCUCAGUAGUUGUUUCCAUCUUCACUCAUUUCUGUGAAUCUUAAAAAAAAUAAAAGAAAAGCAACAAAAAAGCCAACCUGACUGCUAUCAGAGCUCCUCAAGCCAUGGUUUAACUUCUUGUAGCACUUGUUAUGGAAAGGAAUGAGGAAUGAUGGUAAGGUGACCAGAUCCUGCUGUUUGUACUUAUAGAUAAUAGCUCAGAUUGAGUCAUGUAAUCCUUGAUUACCAGUUUCUCGAAAUGUACCUUUGCUGUGAGUCUUUUGUAUCACUCACAAUGGGUUGGGAUUAAAGCAUGGAAAGUUCCUUAAGCCGUCACCUACCUCUGCAAGCAGACUCUCCUCUGAAUGGUAUUCUCUGCACUGGCCUGCCUGCAUGAUACACUCACCUGCAUGUUUCUGGAGAACCUGAAAAUAUUUCUUGCACAUUCAUUGCUGUUAAGUUGUGCUUGAACAGCAGAGCUUUACUCAGUACUUGUAAGAACCCUUCUUUCUGCAAAGCUAUUGCUUCCAGGCUAAACCCACAGAGCGCCGUUUCAUCGGCGUGGAAAGCAUCUGCUAACGGGAAGCUAACAGACCCCUUCCACCAACUAACCUGCUUUUGCAGCACAGUGGUUUAAGUUUUCAGUUCUUUAAUUGAGAAGUAAAGACUGACCUUUUAUAUUUUUUUUUUCCUAAUGCUAUUUUGUUUUUCCAU